GUGGCCUCAGGCCCCUCCCGGGCGGGACUCGGGCCCGGGCAGCAUGAGCCUGUGGCGGGCGCUGUCCCCGCAGGACCCGCGGCUCCGCUACGAGCUGGUGCAGCGCGUCGGGGCCGGCACCUACGGGGACGUCUACAAGGCCCGGGACACCCAGACAGGGGACCUGGCUGCUAUUAAGAUCGUGAAACUGGACCCAGGGGACGACACAAGCUCCAUCGAGCAGGAGGUGACGGCCCUGCGGGAGUGCGGCCACCCCAACGUCGUGGCCUAUUUUGGCAGCUACCUCAGGAAUGACCGACUCUGGAUCUGCAUGGAGUACUGCGGGGGGGGCUCCUUGCAAGAAAUCUACCACGCUACAGGCCCCUUGUCUGAGAAGCAGAUUGCCUACGUGUGCAGAGAAACACUGCAGGGACUGAAACACUUGCAUGCGAAAGGCAUGAUGCAUCGGGACAUCAAGGGAGCGAAUAUCCUCCUCACGCACAAUGGAGAUGUCAAAUUGGCCGACUUCGGGGUCUCCGCCGAGCUGACGGCGUCCGUGGCCAAGCGGAAAUCCUUCAUCGGCACCCCCUACUGGAUGGCCCCCGAGGUGGCGGCGGUGGAGAAGAAGGGGGGCUACAACCAGCUGUGUGACAUCUGGGCGCUGGGAAUCACAGCCAUUGAGCUGGCCGAGCUGCAGCCCCCCCUCUUCGACCUGCACCCCAUGAGGGCCCUGAUGGUGAUGUCCAAAAGCAGCUUCCAGCCCCCCAAGCUGAAAGACAAAGCACAGUGGUCCCCCGACUUCCACCACUUCCUCAAGCUGGCGCUGACCCGGAGCCCCAAGAAGAGAGCCACGGCCGAGAAGCUCCUGCAGCACCCCUUCACCAGCCAGCCCCUGGUGCGGGCCCUGGCCGUGGAGCUGCUGGACAAGGCCAACAGCCCCGACCUGGCCGCCCCGGCCCUGGACGACGGAGACUUCGAGACCUACGAUGUGUUCCCGGACAAGAUCCGCUCCCACGGGGGACACGGGCAAGCGGAAAGGACCCUCUCCGAGAUCCAGUUUAAUCAAGUGAAAUUCGGGCCUCCGCUGAGGAAAGAGACAGAGCCAGAGCCGUCCCGCGGCCUCAGGGAAGAGGAUGAGGAUUGGACGUUGCUAGGAGAUGGAGGGAGCCUGCUGCAGUCAGUGGAGGAAGCCCUAGAGGAAAGGAGCCUCACCAUCCGCCCGGCUGCAGGGCAGGCCCUGGCCCCUUCCACACCGGUCCAGCCCCCCGGACCCCCAGAACUGCCCCAUGGCCAAGGUGGGACUGGGACCGAGUCGCUGCUCUGGGACCUGCUGGACUGGGACCUGGGGGGAAGCCCUGAGCCCCCCGGGGUGGAGACCCCGCCAGGCAGCCUGGACCCCCCCACCCAGCCAGAUGCCGGCCCCCCCACCCUGGGGACAUCCCCCGUCUCCACAGACUGGGCCACCAUGAAGCGGAGGGACGAGGCAGAGAGGUCCAGCUGCCACGGGCUGCCCCCCACCCCCAAGGUCCACAUGGGCGCCUGCUUCUCCAAGGUCUUCAACGGCUGCCUAAAGAUCAACUCUGCCGUGACCUGGAUCCACCCGGCCACACUAGAUCAGUACAUGGUGGUGGGGGCCGAGGAGGGCAUUUACACACUCAACUUGCACGAGUUGCACGAAGACAUGAUGGAGAAGCUCCUCCCCCACAGGUGUCACUGGCUUUACUGCAUGAACAACGUGCUGCUGUCCCUGGCAGGGAAGUCCCCCCAGAUCGUGUCCCACAACCUGCUGGGGCUGUUCGAGCAGCGGCGGCAGCUGCAGAAGCACCAGGUCCCGCUCUCCAUCGCCACCCACCGCCUCACCGAGCGCAUCAUCCCCAGGCGUUUUGCUCUGUCCUCCAAGCUGGCUGACAGCAAGGGCUGCUCGCAGUGCCGCGUGGUGCGACACCCCACGUCGGGCGCCACCUUCCUGUGCGCGGCGCUGCCCAGCAGCCUCCUGCUCUUCCAGUGGUACGAGCCCCUCCAGAAGUUCCUGCUGCUCAAGCAUGUGGACGUGCCCCUGCCAGCCCCGCUGGGGCUCUUUGAGCCACUGGUGGCAGAGGGUGAGGAGCAGCCCCGCGUCUGCCUGGGGGCCGCCGACCGCCCUGGCCCUGGUCCCGGCCCCAGUCCCCCCCGGGCCCUCGAUUUCCACCUGCUCCCACUCAACCCCGGUGCCUGCGUCCCGCGGCCCCCGGCAGACGGGGAUUCGAGCUGGGCCAGCCACAUGACGCAGCUGGAUCGCGACACGGUGCUCGUCUGCUUUGAACGCUGCGUGCGCCCUGUGGAUCUCAAUGGGGCCCCCAAGCCCGGCCUGGCCCCCGAGCUGCACUUUACCUUCCCCAUCGAGACCAUUGUGUGCCUUCAGGACAGCGUGCUGGCCUUCUGGAAGCAUGGCAUGCAGGGCCGCAGCCUGCAGGAUGCACAGGUGACGCAGGAGAUCACGGAUCAGUCGCGGGUUUUCCGGGCUGGAGCGCACAGGGACAUCAUCCUGGAGAGCCGGCCCACCGGGAGCCCCACGGCGCACAGCAACCUCUACAUCCUCCUGGGCCACGAAAGCAGCUACUGACCCCCACUCUCACACUUGUGGGAGGGGAAGGGGGGGCAGCCCCCCCCCAAGCCAGGCCAGUGUCACGCAGGUGACAGCCCAAAGUCUUCCUGAGAACCCCCUCUUCCCUCCCCUCGGGCUGGGGGACCCCCGUCCUGUCCCCCCACUGUUUGCAAUAACCGGCUCUGCUGUGCGGGGGGGCCGCGGCCCCUUCCCCUCCUCCCCCAUCCCUUGGCGGAGACAAUCCGGGGGGGGCACGCUGCACUGACCCCGGGGACCCCGCGUGCCUCCCUCCUCCCUGGGGGGCUGGGGGUCCCACCAGCCCCUCCCCCCUUGUUCUCUAGGGGGGUUGUAUUUUUAUCCCCCUCUUAAGGGGGGUUUUUAUGCUGGAACCUACUGAGAAACCCCGCGGGGAGACGCUAUUAAAGAAGUGGACGGUCAAA